CCAAGGAUGCAUGUGGGAGAGAGCAGCGCACGUUGUCGUCAUUAACUUCUCCUUUGGAUCUACUUGAACAGGCUCCCAAUUCUGCUGAGAUGCUCAUAAGAAGUGGACAAUACAUGCCCAAAAGAUCUGUUUCCAACUACCUUUUAAUCAUUCUAUUACCACCACAUGGACGCCAUUCAUAAGCCCAUCUUUUUCCAGUCCAGUCAUUGAUGAGCUCUUGGUGUUUUAAAAAAAAACAAAAAAACAAGGAGGCCAGAGCAAGUGGGGGAGUUGGUGUGAACCGGCAUUGGGAGGUGUGGGGGAGGAGCUUCCCACUCUGAUGAAGUGAGGUACCUAGGGGGGAACAUGAGAGGGGGCGGGGUGCCCUCUGACACGACCUCGUCACAUGAGAGCACGGAAGGCCGCUGACAGCACACCAGGUUAAGGUUAUGUCUCUGUCAGGAGGGUGCAAGUAGUCCUGAGAAAAUGAGCAUUUGCAACCGAGAGGGCGGGCAGUGUGCCGAAAUGGCCAUGGUAUGCCUGACAGACUUUGAGGAGUACGCCAAGGAGCACCUGUCCAAGGCCACGUGGGACUACUACGCUGCCGGAGCCGACGAGUGCUGCACCCGAGAUGACAACCUGUUGGCCUUCAAGCGGAUCCGCCUGAGACCUCGCAUCCUGCGCGACGUGUCGGUGAGCGACACUCGGACUACGGUGCAGGGUGCAGAGAUCAGCUUCCCGGUGGGCAUCGCGCCGACUGCCUUCCAUUGUCUGGCGUGGCACGAGGGUGAGAUGGCCACAGCGAGAGCCACCGAGGCACUAAACACAUGCUACAUCACCAGCACGUACUCCACCUGCUCGGUGGAGGAGAUUGUGGCGGCGGCGCCUAACGGCUACCGCUGGUUUCAGCUCUACGUGUACCGUGACCGCAAGCUGUCGGAGCAGAUCGUGCACCGCGUGGAGGUGCUGGGCUUCAAGGCCCUGGUGCUCACUGUCGACGUGCCGUACACGGGCAAACGGCGCAACGACAUCCGCAACCAGUUCAAGCUGCCGCCGCAUCUCAAAGUCAAGAACUUUGAUGGCGCCUUUCAGGAGGUGGCAGGACCGGAGGAAUACGGGAUCCCGGCCAACACUUUGGACCCGUCUGUUAGCUGGAAGGACAUCUACUGGCUGCAGUCCAUCACGCGGCUGCCAAUCAUCAUCAAGGGCAUCCUGACCAAGGAGGAUGCUGAGCUGGCGGUGGAGCACGGCGUGCAGGGCAUCAUCGUGUCCAACCACGGUGGGAGACAACUGGACGGCGGCCCGGCCUCAAUCGACGCCCUGUCUGAGAUCGUGGACACGGUUCAGGGCCGCAUCGAGGUCUACCUGGACGGGGGCAUCCGCACGGGCAGCGAUGUGCUGAAGGCGCUGGCCUUGGGGGCCAGGUGUGUGUUCAUUGGCCGCCCGGCAGUGUGGGGCCUUGCAUACAAGGGGGAGGAAGGCGUGAGGGAGGUGCUGCAAAUUCUAAACGACGAGUUCCGCCUCUCAAUGGCUUUAUCGGGUGAGUGCGAACAACCGGUCCGAAUGACAACCGCCAUCGUCGUUCCGCUGUGGAAAGCCUCCGUUUUGUUGCUGCAGGUUGCCGGAAUGUGGCGGAAAUCAACAGGAACCUCAUCCAAUUUUCCAAACUGUGACCCACCUGCGGAAAGCAGCAUUUGUCAUGGAGCCAACACUCGUUUCCAACACAGAAAGGAGAAGAACAAACUCUAGCUUUGAGCUUCACUCAACUCGAAUCCAUUUUCGACUGUAUUUAGAGAGCACAACCAGCGCCGUAUACAAAGUGCUGUGCAUGGAGCAAAAAUAAUUCAGACAACAACAAACAAAACAAUAACCAAGAUAGUAGAAAGCACAAAAAUAGUCAAACCAAAAAUCAAGUCAAAAGCCAAAGAAUAAAAAUGAUUUUUAAGAUGAGUUUUAAAGACAAAACAUGCUGUUUGUGUUUUAAUAAACGCAAAAGUGGGGACAUUCCA